GGGGUGUGGUGAGCUAGUGUCACAUGACACUGUGGAGGUGGAGUCAGAGAGAAGCCCAGAGACUCCAGCUGAGGCUCACACUGGAGGUUUAAGGCUGAGCAGGGACGAGCAGAGGGGUCAGAGGUCAUUUCCAGCUACAGCAGCAGUAGCAUCAUGGCAGAUUCGGUUAUCUCAGAGAUGCCCCCAGCCAUGUGCCUGGAGAAGCCCAGCGUCGACUUCAGCUAUGUGGGCAUCGAUGCCAUCCUGGAGCAGAUGAGGAGGAAGGCCAUGAAACAGGGCUUUGAGCUCAACAUCAUGGUAGUGGGUCAGAGUGGUUUGGGGAAGUCCACACUGAUGAACACGCUCUUCAAGUCUAAGGUGAGCCGUAAGUCUGUCCAGGGCAUGCCGGAGGAAAAGAUUCCCAAAACCAUCGAGAUCAAGUCCAUCAGUCAUGAUAUCGAGGAGAAAGGAGUUCGAAUGAAGCUGACGGUCAUAGACACACCAGGGUUCGGUGAUCAGAUCAACAACGAGAAUUGUUGGCAGCCCAUAAUGAAGUUCAUCAAUGACCAGUAUGAGCAGUACUUGCAGGAAGAGAUCAAUAUUGACAGGAAGAAGAGGAUCCCAGACUCACGAGUGCACUGCUGCAUAUACUUCAUACCACCCACAGGACACUGUCUUAGGCCUUUGGAUGUGGAGUUCAUGAGACGUCUUAGUAAGGUGGUGAACAUCGUUCCUGUCAUCGCGAAGGCUGACACCCUGACUCUGGAGGAGAGGGACUUCUUCAAAAAGAAGAUCAGGGAAGAGCUUCGAGCCAAUGGGAUUGAUGUCUACCCACAGAAAGAGUUCGACGAGGAUGCAGAGGAUAGAACAAUCAAUGAGAAAAUAAGAGAGAUGAUUCCUUUCGCAGUUGUAGGAAGUGACCAGGAGUACCAGGUCAAUGGGAGAAGACUACUGGGAAGGAAAACAAAAUGGGGAACCAUUGAAGUUGAGAAUAUUGCCCACUGUGAGUUUGCCUACCUGCGGGACCUCCUCAUAAGAACUCACAUGCAGAACAUUAAAGACAUCACCAGCAGCAUCCACUACGAGAUGUACCGAGUCCGCCGGCUCAACGAGAACAACACUCAAGCCAACGGCCUCGGCGAGCACCAUCCGGCCUGCCACGAAAUCUAACUCCCCAUCCAAACGACCCCUCCACCCCCACUCCUCGCUCCUCUCCAAUCCCCAAUCCUCCAUUCACCUCACGCUCUGUCCCGCCCCCUUCCUUCAGCCAUGGCCUGAGGUGAAGAGGUCCAUCUAGAGAAACACAUAAUGACUUUACCUCCCAGAAACUCCAGCACAGUGCCCUUAAACCCUCCCGCCCACUGCAUGGGCACCGGAGGGCCGCAGAGGUCAGAAAUCCAGCCGCUAAAGAGCUUCUCCAUAUACUGCAUGCGUUUGACUCGAUCUGCUGAUGCUCCAGGUCUGUGUCUGUGUGCAGAGGCUGAUUAUGAGGCCGCUUCUGAUUGGUCAAAAGCUCGUCACAUGCAUCCCUCUUCCUUUUGAUAUUUUCAGGAGAUUGCUCAGAAGGCUCCUUUCUAUGUGAUUUGUUGAAAGCUCUCUUAAUAUUUAUGCUUCACUUUGAGCGGAUAAGUCAUCUUCUGAAACCAGAGCUGGUGUGGCAGCACCAUUAUAAAACUACAGGUUAUCUGAUGUCUUUCCCUCCAAAAUGUCUAAUGGUUGCCUAUGGCAUUGUGGAGAACCUGGUGUGCCGUUGUUCCCGUCACAUCUGUGCAAAUAAUUACAGGAUCCCUGGUACCGUAUAAAAACCGUCAUGAUUGAAAUUACAGCUUUGGGAUUUGCGUUGGAAAGAUUAUUCAAACUGAAUAGUAUUUAUGUCGAUUAAAUGGGAUUGUUAUGUUCUUAUUUAGUGCAGAAUGUGCCCUGAACUGGAAGGAGAAUCACAGUUGGUUCAAUAGGCUUUUAAUGAAUCAUUUAAUUUAGUGUACACACCGUUUUUAUCAGUGCCGUUUAUCUGAAACCUUCCAGACCUCCUCGUUCUCUUCCAGUCAUGCCAAAAAUGUGGAAGUCUGCACCAUCUUUUGUCAGUUUAAGUGUCUUGUUUUGUCUUCGCCUCGAGGAAAGGGCCUACAGGAGAGGGAACUCAAAGUGCCUUAAAGCUGCCUGCCACAUCUGAUGAGGAGCCACUUUUAAGAACGGCAAAAUUCCUCCGGCUUUGUUC